GCUAGCCUCAGGCUCGGCGGCAGAGCCGUUGUCAUGUCGUCCCAGCUGCCUGCUGGGUCAAACCCUCCCAAGCCCUCUUGGAACCCCUCCUGCUCACUUUGUGCUCUGUUUUCUGAUGCAGACCCGGGGUCCGGGAUGAAAGCGGAGCUUUGUGCUAGGCCUGGGGUAAUGGGGAGGGAGAUGACCCAAGAAGAGAAGCAGCAGCUCCGGAAAGAAAAGAAACAGCAGAAGAAGAAACGGAAGGAAGAAAAGGGGACAGAACCAGAGAGUGGGUCGACUGGAUCUGCAGCCCAGAGUCAAGACCCAACCAGAGAACUUCCAGAGGCCAGCAAUCUGGUAGGCGCUCCUGGGGAGAAAGCUCCUGUUGGUCGGAGUAAAGCUGAACUUCGUGCUGAGCGGAGGGCUAAGCAGGAGGCAGAGCGAGCCCUGAAGCAGGCAAGGAAAGGUGAGCCAGGACCACCUCCUCCGGCCUGUCCCAGCAAAGCAGCGGAAGCCCCCUCAGGGGUGAAGCAUCUCCCCGAACACACUCAGGUUGAUGAACGCACACUUCAGAGAAGGCUUAUGAAGAAACCAGAGCAACAACAGGUUCCCACACGAAAGGAUUAUGGAUCCAAAGUCAUUCUCUUCUCCCACCUUCCCCAGUACAGCCGACAAAACUCUCUGACUCAGUAUAUGAGCAUCCCAUCCUGUGUGAUCCACCCAGCCAUGGUUCAGCUCGGCCUGCAAUACUCCCAGGGCCUGAUCAGUGGCUCCAAUGCCCGAUGUAUUGCCCUCCUCCGUGCCUUGCAGCAGGUAAUUCAGGAUUACACAACACCACCCAAUGAAGAACUCUCAAGGGAUCUAGUGAAUAAGCUAAAGCCCUACAUUAGCUUCCUGACCCAGUGCCGCCCCCUAUCAGCGAGCAUGUACAACGCCAUCAAGUUCCUUAACAAGGAGAUCAUGGCUGUGAGCAGCGCCAAGCGGGAAGAAGAGGCCAAGUCCGAACUUCAAGUAGCCAUUGAUCGGUAUGUGCAAGAGAAGAUCGUCCUUGCAGCUCAGGCAAUUUCACGUUUUGCUUACAAGAAGAUCAAUAAUGGAGAUGUGAUCCUGGUAUAUGGAUGCUCAUCUUUGGUGUCAAGAAUUCUUCAGGAAGCUUGGGCUGAGGGCCGGCGGUUUCGGGUGGUCGUGGUGGAUAGCCGGCCAUGGCUGGAGGGAAGGCACACACUGCGUUCUCUGGUCCAUGCAGGGGUCCCUGCCUCUUACCUGCUGAUUCCUGCAGCUUCGUAUGCACUCCCAGAGGUUUCUAAGGUGCUAUUGGGAGCUCAUGCACUCCUGGCCAAUGGGUCUGUUAUGUCACGGGUAGGGACAGCACAGCUGGCCUUAGUAGCUCGAGCCCAUAAUGUGCCAGUGCUGGUCUGCUGUGAAACAUACAAGUUUUGUGAGCGGGUGCAGACUGAUGCCUUUGUCUCUAAUGAGCUAGAUGAUCCUGAUGAUCUGUUGUGUGAGCGGGGAGAACAUGUGGCCCUGGCUAACUGGCAGAACUACCCAUCCCUACGCUUGUUGAAUCUGGUCUAUGAUGUGACCCCCCCAGAGCUUGUGGAUCUGGUGAUCACAGAGCUGGGGAUGAUCCCUUGCAGUUCUGUGCCUGUUGUCCUCCGAGUCAAGAGCAGUGACCAGUAGGGGUGUGAAUACAGUGUCAAUAAAUGACAUACUCACUACACUCA